AUGAAUGGCAUGCACGGGCAGUCGCGUUUGUUAAGCUACCGGCAUAUGCAGGGUAAGCCGAUCGGGCGCCCGCCAGCGAAGACCUUCCCGCUACACCCGCAAUGGACGUUUCUUAAGGCCUUUAAGACCCAGCACAAGGUGCGCGCGGUCUACUUCGGAGACAUACACGAUAACGGCAGACCGGCACAUCACAUACAGCGUGAAUCGGGGCCCUUCAGAUCAGGAAGACUGUCGAAUACUGGAAUUCGUCCUCAAAAGCUUGAGCUGAAAACCAAUGGUUUGCAAUCAGGCUCGAAGUGCUCGGUAUGCCAGACAGGCAUCCUUUCGGGCGGCGACCACUUCUUCGCCUAUAAGCACGCACUCCCACUAGCUACACGCUAUAAGCUACGCCGACGUUGGAUUUAUAAUGAAAUCUUCUAUCCUACGACCGAUGCAUCUAGAACUGCCUUCUACUCUCCCGAAUUCAUCAAGCUUGGUGCUAACGUGGAAGACUCAGCCCUGCUACUGAAAUAUUUCGAUAGAGAUGUCUCGAGGCGCACUGUUAAUCAGGUUCGAAUCGAUUAUGCCGGGAAGAAGGUUAGUAAGGGAGAGACGUACGACCAAAAAGAAGCUACUUGUUCGAUUGAGCCUUGGAAUUUCCUUACGGUAAGCACGUCUUUUCUCAGUUUGGAGACUCGACUAAGCCUUGCUGAGACUUUUCACACAGGACGCACGCGAAUUUUCAGAACUACAGUCGCAAGUCCUCCCGAUUUCACCACUAUCACUACACUCAUUCAAGGCGAGAUAGGCAUAAAAAGCAUAUUAACGAAACCCACAAUCGCAGCCUUACACCCUCAAAACCCCUACACUAAAACCUUCCUCGACCUCCCCCUAGAACUCCGAAAUACAAUCUACUCCCUCACACUCCCCCAAAACCAAACCAUCCACGUCAGCCGCCGCAGAAUCUUCAUCAUCACCUCUCCAGAAAUCCCCCACCACGAACCCGCCCUCCUCCAAUCCCACCCAAAAAUCCGCGCGGAAGCGCUGGCCAUGUACUAUAGCACGAACACGUUCCAAAUGGCCGACGAAAUCUCCGCGAUGGACGAUGCUGUAUCGCUGGUACGGGAGUUGAGGAUCCAGCCUGAUCAGCUACGGAGGAGUCGGAGUGGGGAGAGAUGGAUUCGGAAUCGGAAGGUGAAGGAUGGGUUGGAUCCGGGGUGUAUUCGGAUUGGAGUCGUGGUUCAACCUGCGGUUUUGGGGUUGGCGAGGAAGUGGGUGACGUUGGAAGGGAGGAGAUAUGAUCUUGGACACAUAGAUAGGCUUUUAUAGAGCAAACAGUUCUUACUAGAUAAGUAAGGACUUUAGCCGACUAUAGAUAGACUUUUUACGCAACUAGAUACUUCUAUCUCUUCU